AUGUAUGCGGUUCUUCUCAAAGCAUGGUGCUUAUUUGUUAUCUUUCUCCGAUGUGGUUGGUGUCAAAGUAACUCUUCGGAUGAUUCCUUGAGCGGGUCUGGUGAUGCCGGCUUUCCUAUCAUAGUCCUAGGGAAGGACGAGAGUACUCUGUGGUAUGCCAAUGUUUCGUUUGGUACGCCUAACGUGCAGAAAUCACUAAGAGUUGACAUAGGACAGCCUUACACAUGGCUACUCAAAAGCUUGAACGGGUCCGAGACUGCAGUUCGUCUAAACGAUGGGCAUGUCUAUGAUUUCAACUUCAUGGACGGGAUCGACAUCAGCGGCCCAGCAGUAAUGGACACUAUGAAUUUCACAGCUCUGGCGUUUCCCGGCGAGAACGUACCAGAGACUCACUCGAUCAAUUUGUCGUCGACGGCGGUGGUGGCUCCCGACUACCUCUCUAUCUCGAAUAUAUCUUUCUUCGAAGCUAACGCAUCUGCUGCCUUAAACAAGGGAUCUUUGGGACUAGGUGGAAAAAUAACAGACCAGUUAUCGGAGACGGAUAGCACUAAGUUCGACAGCAGCUUUUUCUUCUUGGAUCGUUUGACCGACCUGGGAAUUAUAGCGUCUCCAUCCUAUUCUCUAUGGUUUGGUGCCGAUAAUGUCCCUUAUUCGUUACGGAAGCUACCGUCUGGCACGCUGGGGGACUGCGGAAAGCUGAUACUCGGUGCAGUUGACCCCACGCUCUUCACAGGGAGGCUGCAUAUGUUCAAGACGAUUCCCUACAUCGAUCCGGAAACUCAUCUUGAGUCAAGUAGCUACCCAAUAUUGCCGCUGGGCACUAUCUACAUUAACUCAGCCACCGGGAAGAGUCUGAACGUGACAGCAGAAGAGUUUGUCGAGCCUGUUCUCCUCGACUCCAGGUAUAGCACCAGCUAUCUGCCUAUAGACGCUAUUAUUCAGAUCGCGGUCCAAAUAGGUGCGACUUAUGUUGAGGCGCUAGGCAGGUGGGUAGUCGCUUGUUCAGUGGCGAGCUACGACGUUCAAUUGGACUUCUCUUUUGGAGAUAUGUCCAUUAGAGUUCCGCUGGAGGACUUUUUGGUGACCACGUUUGACGUUAACAGCAACACAACUAUUCAUUUUUCGAAUGGGGCGGAGGCUUGCCUCUUGGCGAUGGGAUCCAAGUCCACCAUCGGAUUCAACAUCUUGGGCGGUCCCUUUCUGAAAAAUGCCUACACGGUAUUCGACCUCGAGGACAACGCAAUUGCUCUAGCUCAGGCAAAAAAAGUUGACAGCUCCUCGUCAUCAUCCGCCUCCAGUUCAGAAGCGGCACAGACCUCCACAUCCGCCUCCGCGAUACGCGCCAUUUCAUCUGGCCACAUACCGUAUGCGGAAUCCCGAAAUACUUCCAUGACCAUGACCCUCAUACCCGCUGCAGUGCCAAGUGCGACAAGCAACAUACCGGAUAUAUUCACCGGUACCAUCGACUCCGAUGGACUCAUUUCCACAGGUCGCUCUUUUUACCAAACUUCCAGGACUACGCCUUCCAGCAAAACGAGCGAGACGGCCUACGAAAGCCUCGUGAUUUCUUCCAUCGUGAGCUCCUCCAAAUAUCUCGGUGGAGCGACCAAGAACAACGCUGGCCAUUCGUCUGUGCCAGCCUGCGUGCUCGAACCCAGAGGGAAGUUCCCCCGUCAAGUGCUCGCAUUACUGCUGCUUGUUCUGCUUGCAGUCCUACUGUGA